GAAAGACGGAUGAUGCUGAUGGGAGUAAAAUAGGAACGUUUGAGACCAAGUCGAGUUUCCUAGGGGUGGCUUUCUUGAGGAAAGGAUGUGGCCACGCUGCAAUGCGAUCUAAUCUGAUGUCAGAGGAGGCUGCUCUCAGAAAGUACUCAUUGUUGAUGAGAAUCCAAAGACGUACAUUUCAGCGGUCCCCCCCACCCUAUAGUUCACAUAAUGAGUUUUUCACUUGUUGCCUAUGAUGAUUCUGAUUCUGAAGCAGAGACUGGGAGAUCCGGAGAUGUUAUUAGCAGUGAAAUCAAUCUAACAAAUUCUGCUGUGGAUGUUGUUCAGCCCAGUGAUGACUUAAAUAUUAUUUCUGAGAGAAAAGUCGAAUCUGUGGAAUACAUGGGCAGCUCUGAAAAGAACAUGUGUUAUGAGGAUAUCUUUCAACAGCAUCUACAACCUAAUGAAAAGACUGUAAUAGCAGCUGUACCACAGAAAUUGUACCCUGCAACUUUGACAAAAACAAGAACUAAGUAUACCCAGCCAUUACAUCCUUUAUUGGAACAUAAAAUACCUUCUGGAAAUGCAUAUGCUCAGAAGAGGAUGCAUAAUGAUGGAGAUGUAACUAUUCAAAAACUGAGACCAUAUAUUUCAAAAAAGCUGCGACAAGAAAAAAAGGAAUACCAAAAAGAAAGCGUACCUUCUUCAGCUAAAUUUAGUACAGCUGAAGAUAAAAUGACAGUUAAAAUUUCUCAAUAUAUUAUGCCAUACAUAGGAUCAAAAUAUGCAGUUACUGAAAUUCCAAAGAACUUGGUGUUUCACAUGGCUGAGCAUAGUGGACCAAUUAAUGCAGUUUGCUGGUGUCCUCUGCAGAGAUGGAGCCAUAUGUUGCUUUCUGCCUCUAUGGAUAAAACUGUCAAGGUUUGGGAUGCUGUGGAUGAAGGACGUUGUUUGAAAUCAUACUUUAACCAUACCGGUGCUGUCCGAGCUAUUCAGUGGUCUCCCUGUGGAAGAAAUGCACUGAGUGGAGGGUUUGAUUUUAUGCUUCAUUUAACAGAUAUUGAAACAGCAGCACAGCUUUUUAGCAGCAGGAAUGAAUUUCGAAUCAGCACCCUGACAUUUCAUCCUCUUGACCCAAAUGUGUUUCUUUGUGGAGGAUUCAGUCCAGAAGUUAAAGCCUGGGAUAUAAGGUCUUCUAAGGUUAUAAAAGUUUACAAAGCCACAAUUCAACAAACCUUGGACAUCAUGUUUCUCCGUGAAGGAAAAGAAUUCUUUACCAGCACUGAUGCAGUAAGCCAAGAUUCAGCCGAUCGUACCAUUAUUGCCUGGGACUUCCAAACUGCUGCAAAGAUCUCCAAUCAAAUUUUUCACGAACGUUUUACUUGCCCCAGUCUUUCAGUUCAUCCUAAAGAGCCUGCCUUUGUUGCUCAGACAAAUGGCAACUACAUGGCUUUAUUUUCCAGCUUGCCACCUUAUCGAAUCAACAAAAAGAAGAGGUUUGAAGGGCACAAGGUUGAAGGAUUUGCAGUAGGCUGUGAGUUUUCACCUGAUGGAACACUUCUUGUGACAGGGAGUUCAGAUGGCAAAGUAUUUUUCUACAACUAUCGCACAGCUCAAAUUCUCCAUGUCAUGUCAGCACAUAGUCAAGCCUGUGUGAAUGCAACCUACCAUCCCGUCCUUCCAUCACUCCUUGCCACCUGUGCCUGGGAUGGGGUAAUCAAGAUCUGGCAAUAAUAGGAAUAAUUAGAUAGCCAACUGGCUUUCCAACUUUGUAAAUAUAUUUUUUUCUUGUAGUUUCAUUUCUUAGAACUUUAUGUUUUGUAUAGUGGUACACCAAACCAGUGCUUCUCAUCCUCAGGAAUUGUAUGAUGUGUGGACUUCAACUCCCAGAAUCCCCCCAGGCAGCAUGCUUGCUGGCGAAUUCUGUGAGUUGGUUAACAUAUUUAGAGCAACUAAGAUUGAGAAAAGAUUGAGAAAUACAGUACUAAACUAAUUUUACUGUAAUGUGAUUAUGUGGAGCAGAAAAUAUAAAAUUCUCUGUCAUGCUAUACAAAUAAUUAAUUUGCCUGGCACUGUUUUUGACUCAUACUUUGCCCUUAACUGCUAUCCUUUUCCAAAUAAAUUUUUAAUGCUGUUAGAGUUAUAAUAUUCUUUUAAACAGCUGCUAAAUAUAUAGCUACUACUAGCUUUCUCCAAGUUUUUGUUGCAGGGAAUUAGGACAAUGUGAGCUAGAUUGAAAAAGGAAUUAAAGAUUAAUUGAAGCCCUAAAUCUAUAUGUUCUGCCUGCUAUAAUUGGAUGUGGAAUGUACAAAUUUAAUUGAUAGAAGUAAUUAAAAGGGAUUCAAUAUCAUUCCAAAUUCUUCUGGGAGCCUAGAUUUUUUAAUCACUUUAGUGUUACUAAAUCAGCACUCUUAGUUUAAAACUUAACUAUUCUUUAGCUUCUGUCACUGCUUUACUCUUUUACUAUUACUUGAUCUUGCAGACUUUUCAUCCAGUUUUAAUGGAGUUACAUUAUGCUAGAAGUGGUGUAGCCAUGAAGACUUUUCUGAUACAAAGCAAUGUAGUUAGAAUCUGAUUCUGGUAUCUUCAUGGUCACAUGAAGCUCAAAUAGAUUUGGAUGCUUGAGAAUCUCCAUAGAGAUUUAUGACAGUUACAUUUAUGGUUGAUACUUGCAAUAAAAAAAAUCUCAACAAUCUGGAAGCAAUAGCAUUUAUAGCAUCCUAGCUAUUUCCAGUUUGCUAAGGUCAAGGAUAUAGUAAACUUCUUUCCCCAAAAUAACACUUUUCUUCCUAAUUGGGAGCUGAUAUAUUUAAUUAUAAUAAUGGAACUGUUUUUAUCACUGGCUUGCAUUAAUAUAAAAUUUAUUCUGAAGGAACGCCUUAGGUUCCUAUAGGAUGUAGGAAGAGGAAAGUAAGGAGUUUUGUUACUCCACAGGAAUAUAUUGGAUAUAGUCCACCAGGGCCGAACCUAAUAAUUACCUUUCACAUAUGGUAGCCAGGAAUGGAAUCACUUAGAAAAACAUUACUUUUUCUGUCUUUUCUUUGCAAAAUAGAGUGUACUUUUAUAUUUUGCUAAAAUGUGCAAAAUAAUAUACACAUGUUACAUAAAUAAUAUGUUACAUAAAAAUUAAAAUUUCAAAACACCCAAAAUGUAACUUAAAAGUUCCAGUUGUAAAUAUAUUUUUCUAAAAUAUUAACUGUACUCAUUAUCAAAUCUAUUUGCAUAUUUUUAUGGACGUAAUGUAUUUAUUGAUCAGCUUUCCUGUGCACAGCAAGGCUAGCAUUCACUAAGAUUAAUAGUCUUUUAUCUUUUAAGUUAAAUUUUAACUUAACAUGCACGUAAUAAGCACCAUAAAACGUAAACUUUAACAGAAAUUUUAUUACAGGUAAAUUCUUGGUCAAUGACUGCCUUGUUUAAUGACUGUUUGAAGUUACAUUGACACUGAAAAAGCUAUUUUAUGACUGGUCUUCAAACUAUGACAUCCUACUAAUCACUUGAUCCCCAUUUGUGCACUUCACAACUGGCUUCCAACAAACAGUUAAUGAAAAAGCCAGCAGUGAAAUUGCAAGUCGCAGUAAUGUAAUGACUUGCUUAAUGACCACAUCAUUUAGUGAUGAAGUUGCCAGUCUCAGUUGUGAUUGUUAAAUGAGGAUUAUCUGUUCUUCCUUAAGGAUAUGAAGUAGAGUACUAUAUUUCUUUUAUUUUAUUGCUUUAAGGUAACAACCUAUCUCUGAAGAAUCAUCAGAACCACUUAUAAUUUAAAUAUAAAAACAUAACAGUAAAAUGCCAUUACAAGAAUCUUCUUCCAAAACCAGCAACUGGGCUAGCCUGAAAUCUGUGGAGUUAUUUUGUAGAGUGACAGCACUUCCUGCAUGCCUUUUAGUUGUAAUGUAGCUAUAAUUCCGAAUCCCUCAUCUAAGAAAUCACAAUUGAGAGUAGAUAAGGGAACUAGUAGUACCCCAAAAGAGUAGGAAAGAUUACACAAGCUUUUAAAACCCCAAAAUACAAGUCUGUUUAUAUGGAAAGGAGAAUACUAUCUACUUUUAUAAACUAAUAGUCUUUCAAUCUAAAAUGUAAGAUUGCUCUGUCCAGUAUCUCAUGAUUUCUGCUUUCCUACUAAAGCUACAUACAAUCUUCUCUUAGGGCUCAAGAGGAUCUACAAUUCUCUGGGUCAAGUAUAAGGCUGCUGAGGGAGGGAUGAAGAAAAAGAAAACGAGAACUUUUAAAAAGUAGUGUAUUUGUUCUUUUAAGAGUGAACUGAUCUAUUUUAGUCAUUAUAUCCAGAAAAGUACUCUAAUAGUGUACAAUCAUAAAUAAUAAUGGUUGGUCCUUGAUUCACAUUUCUUACAUAAAAGUUACUGAUUUAAUUCUCUUGAUAGAACACUUCAUCACUCUGUAUAUAAAAUUCAAGUAAUGCCACUUUGGAAUGAUUCUAGAUCAAUCUCAUUACCUCAACUUUUUGCAAGUUUUGGAAAAUUCACAGUGUACUUAAUAAUGUUGCACUUCAGAAGCUGUCAAACUUUUCAGAUUGUGAAAACUUAGUUAAAAGAAAAAAUCCUGGAAUCCUAGACCAAGAGGAAAUGUACUAAUGAUAGAUGUAUUUAUUUAGUGCAUGGCAAAAACGUUAAAAAGCAUAUCAAAAUUACAUUCUCAAUGAGCAAAUAUAAAACUAUUUACCCUCUUUACAAAUUCAAAGGUAAACUGUUUUAUAGUCAAUACAUGAUGGAGUUGCAUACAGAAAGUUUCUGGGGUUUCCCUGAUGCUUGGUGCUCAACAGCUUGUUCAUUUUCUUGCAGACGUUUCAUUACCCAAAUUAGGUAAUAGCACUGAUGAUGUUUCCUAGUUUGGGUAAUGAAAUGUCUGCAAGAAAACAACCAAACUCAGAGCGCACCAACCACCCUUCAUUUGAGCUACACAUUCUUUAUUGGUUUCCCUGAUGUAUGCUGAGAGGGCGCUGUUCCACUGCUUUGGAGCCCCACAGCUCCAUUCCAAAGAAGAGAGCUUUCCCCAUUUAUGUUGAGUCCUAAUCUUAUUGAGCAUUAACUAGUUUUAUGGGGUAAUUGAAUCCUUUUGGUUCAGCUGUAAAGCAGAGAACAUUGUGACACUCUGGAGGAGGAGUAGAGGAUGGUUCUAGUGCCCAGGCUGAAACAGAUAAUGAUAUUCUAAUGAUAGAAAUUGGCAGUAAUUCAAAAAGUAAACUGAUUAUUGUAAAUGCAAAAUUAACAUUUUGAAUGUGCAAAAAAUAAAACUUUAAUUUCACAAUUAACUUGGGAUAUUAAUGUUUUAACCAAACAGAUCAAUAUUCAAUUAUUAGGUGUAAUUGCAUUUCCUUGGGGAAAAGUUCAGUAUUUGGAACAAUUGAUGCUAUUUGUAAGCAGAGAUCAUCUUUUAUACUUAGCCUAUUACUGUACUUGCUGCUUACGAAAAUAAGGUUCUCUUACAAAAAUAUGUAUUGCAAAUGGCAUAAGUUAUUUCAAUCUUGACUGGCAAUAUUUUUUUAGAAGCUCUAGCCAGAAAAUCUGCACAAUGAAAUGUGGGUUAUAAUGUGAAAUUAGUUAAACUGGACCUAUGUUGUUUCUUCUUUAAUGGUAAUUCAGAUGCAAUAUAGUCAACAUAAUGAUUCUGGACCUGAUCAUUUUUUUUCUUUUAAAGGGGAAAAUAUGCCCUUACUGUGAAACAUAAAUCAGAUAGGCUUUGUAUCACCAAGGUUUUGACAUUUUCCCUGAGGGAAAUUUUGUUUGGAAGAUUUGGAAAGCACUUGGAAUUAUUUUAGAAAUACACUCACUUCAGUGUGUACAUUUAAAUGAAUUGCAUUCAUUUUACUUUGACAUUUGAAUCUAAUUAUAUGUGUACCUUGCAGUGAAACACUAGUAUCAUUCAGAUAAGUAAAUAUAUCAGCCAAGUAUGCAAUCUUUUGCAUCCAACAAUUGCCACUUAGUUUCUGUGCUAGUUCAAAAGAAUGUUCCUGUAAAAAAGAAAUAUAUCUUCUUAUUGUUUAUAAAAUGAAACCAAUAUUUGCCACAGUCAUCUCACUUCAUUAUGCAGUAGCAAUGUGUUCUCUAGAUUCUCUUUCACACAACACAGUAAAUAUCGGAGCUGAGUGGUCUUGCUUUUAUAAGAUCUAUGAUUUUACUGCCUUGUUGGUUACGGUCUUGAGUUCUGUUGGCCUGUAUUACAAAUAAAUGACAAGGCAGCAAUGAUUAUGCUUAAUAGGUGGAGCUGUAUUUUUCAUGUGGGCCCCAUUACCUGAUAUUAUUCUGACUAUAACUGUUGCGCCAUCAUUGCAUAUAUUGCAAUACAAAUGCAAAGAUAUUUUGUGUAGUUUUUCCCCCUAUAAAUGUAAAAUAAAUCAUUUCAUUUCCUUUAGUUCAGAUAGGAAAAGGUUUGCAAAUAGGCAUAGCUUCCACAGAUCACUCAGAACAAGCACAACACGAGAAAGAUUAAUAAACCUGAAAACAUUAGUGGAUUCAUCCACUUGAAUGGAGAAACCUGUAGUACUCUUUUAAUUUGUUUUAUUUCUUUUUAGAAAAUGUGACAUAUCCUUGAAGCUAUUAGCAAAGAGCUUCAAGGAUUUUAUGAAAUGUUUUGAUUAAUCAUGCAUUCUGCCAGGCUAACUAUUGUUUAACCAACUUUUCUGCAAUAGUGUGAUGCUAUUGCUUUUGCUAUGUGAUGAAUGAUUAAAUAAGAAAUUUGGCAUUUUUUGAUAGACAAAAAUGUAUGAAGUGCUUUUUAUUUGGAAUUCUGCACAUUUUCAUUUGAAAUACACAGGACUUAAUUUCAGAUUUUAAUGUUUGGUGUUCAAAUAUCUUCAAAAUUUUGCAAGAUUCAUAUUGUUAUCUAAUCCUUCUCACAUUCAACACAUAGUCCAUUUGGUUUGUCUUCCUUGCAGUUUAUGUAAAACUUUUCAAGCUCUCAACAUAUUUACAUUUCUGGUUUUGUGCUUGAGCUUAAUUUCUCAGUUCUUAUGGUAUAAGAAUUACAGUAGCAGCAACACAAGCAGCACUGGAGUUUGUUUUGAUUUCUUUUGUUUUCACUUUUUCUAUACUGGUUGUGAUUGUACAAGUAUGAAACUGAUGAUCCAUAGCUGAAAAAAUAUUCACAUAGCAUAAAUAUUUAUUAGGCCUAGUACAUGACAAUUUAAUUCUGUGAAUCUGAAAAAUUGUGCAGGAAAAUUACCAUUUGUGCAUGCACUUAAUGUAGACUGUAGUAAUUGAUAUAGUUGAAUUAAAUUAAAGCCACUAAGCACUCA